AUGGUCGACCCGAACCUGAAGCUCAUGCUUAAAUUUAUUUUUGUUGGAUUUUCCAGUGCUCAGAGCAUAAAACUUGUCUUGUUCUCAAUAUUUUUAACCAUUUAUAUUUUGACUAUCAUUGCAAAUUUCCUUAUAAUUAUUAUAGUAAAACUGACACCAUCUUUACAUACCCCUAUGUAUAUGUUCAUUGCCAGCCUUUCGUUACUGGAGAUCUUCUAUGUAACUGUUACAAUACCAAACAUGUUGUCCAUUUUCAUAGUGAAAUGCAAAACAAUCUCAUUUGAAGAAUGCAUGACCCAAUUAUACGUGUUCUUCUCACUUGGAUCAUCUGAAUGCUUUCUGUUAACAGUAAUGGCUAGUGAUAGAUACCUUGCAAUCUGUAAUCCACUGAGAUAUUCAUCUUUAAUGACAACAAAAUUAUGUCUACAAUUGAUAAUUCUAAGUUUUUUAUGUGGGUUUUCUGCCUCAAUAUUAACAAUCACAUUUAUUGCUAUGUUACCCUUUUGUAAUUCCAAUAGAAUAAAUCAUUUCUUUUGUGAUUAUCCUGCACUUCUCGCACUAGCCUGCACUAAAAGCAGCACAACAGAAGCUAUAUUUUUUACUCUGUCUUGGAGUAUUGUAUUAACAUGUUUUUUUCUGAUAAUGGCGUCCUAUGUGUGCAUCUUUUUCACUAUCAAACUUUCUGCAAUAAAGCAAAGUAAAGCUUUUUCCACCUGUAUAUCUCACUUGACCGUUGUACUUAUUUUUUAUGCAUCUGUUAUAUUCAUGUAUGUAAGACCAAAGGCAAAGUAUGACCUAAAUAAGGAUAAAGUUGUGUCUGUUGUGUAUUCUGUUGUGACUCCCUUAUUAAACCCCAUGAUAUACUCCCUGAGGAAUAAGAAGUUUCAAACAGCAGUUUUUAGUUCAGUGCUUAGAUGGUCCAUUCCAUCCUAA